ACUAGCUCGACAGGCGUACUUCACAGCUUGGACCUCGGUCACAGUUAGUUGCCUUGAAGUCGUCUGGGGGCUCCUGUCUGCAUUGAUAAACUACUUUCCAGUUGUCCAAACGGCCUGAAAAUGCUAUCCUACAUCAUUCGCCUGAUCCGAGGUGGAUUUGACAGCAUCCUCAACCUCAUCUUCAGGCUGUUAUUCUCAAAGAAGAAACCGGCCAUCACCUUAGAGGACCCCAACAUUAAGUAUGCACUGCGCCUUAUAGACAAAGAGAUUGUCAGCCAUGAUACAAGGAAGUUCCGCUUUGCACUACCAUCCCCUCAACACGUCCUUGGUCUCCCUAUUGGGCAGCACAUCUAUUUGUCUGCAAAGAUAGACGGGAAGCUCGUCGUCCGCCCAUACACACCAGUGUCAAGCGAUGAUGACAAAGGCUUUGUGGACCUGGUGGUGAAGAUUUACUUUAAAGAUGUUAAUCCAAAAUUCCCAGAGGGCGGGAAGAUGAGUCAGUACUUGGAGAGCCUCAGGAUCGAUGACACGAUUGACUUUAGAGGACCCAGCGGCCUACUCGUUUACAAUGGCAAAGGUGUUUUUGCCAUUCAGCCAGACAAAAAGUCCCCAGCUGACACCAAGACGGCCAAAAAUUUGGGCAUGAUCGCUGGAGGCACAGGGAUCACGCCCAUGCUGCAGAUCAUCACAGCAGUGAUGAAGGAUCCCGAGGACAAAACAGUGUGUCACCUGCUGUUUGCCAACCAGUCUGAGAAAGACAUCCUGCUGCGGCCGGAGCUGGAAGAGAUUCAGGUCAGCCACCCGGACCGGUUCAAGCUGUGGUUCACUGUUGACAAAGCACCUGAGAACUGGGAAUACAGCACAGGCUUCAUCAGCGAAGACAUGAUCAGGGAGCAUCUGCCCCCUCCCAGCGACGACACCCUCAUCCUGAUGUGUGGACCUCCACCGAUGAUCCAGUUCGCCUGCAACCCCAAUCUGGAUAAAGUUGGCCAUGCUGAUAGCCGCAGAUUCACAUUUUAGACAUCCAUCUACACGGAAGUCAUUGUUUGGAUAUUUAAUGGUAUCCAGAUUUUUUUUUUUUUUUUUACCCUGAAAGCAUUGAAGCUCUCAUAGCUGCAGAGGGUAUUGCACUAUAAUAAAUAUAUGCGAUAUUUAUCAUGCAAGAGAAUCACAGCUUGGACCAAUUCUUGUACGUCUGAUGUGAGGGCAGGAAGGUGUGGAUAUGUAGGAAUAAAUAGCAUGUGAAACAAGAAUUUUAUGAUGGAAUAAGAAAGUUUUUGGAUCUUAAAAUGAGGUUGUUCUAAUCAGUUGCAAACAAGUGUUGCUGUAGCCUCACUUUGAUUUUAAUAUAAGGGUCUUGGUUUACUGGCUGUUUCUUUUUUCUGAGUGCCUUAAACACCUGCAAAGAUUUUUGCUUUUUUUUUUUAAUGCACACCCAAAGCAUUGGGAUCACUUGCUUCAUACAGAAUCAUAUUGGAUAUUCUGUUAUGGCUGUUGAGAAUGUGUUACAAGUCUAUACCUGUUGCUUAUCUCUCGUCAUGCCAGGCGUUGAUAUUUGUUCCCUUGUGAUUUGUGUGGUUACUGAUGUGUUUUCUGCAAAUAUGGAAACAGUGGCUGCUUGGGUUUGUUUAUGCAUAAAAAAAAACCCCACAAUGCUAUUGAACUAUUGGUGUUCUGAUAAUCAUUUUUGCAUCAUGUUGGUUCCAUGGUGCACCCAUUCAUGACAAAUUAAAUAAGGAUGUUCUAAUUGAAUUUUAGCUUCUACCAUAAUUAAGUGAAGACACUUUCUGCAGGGAAAAAAAAAAGCACUUUUAUUAACAAAACAUAAAAAAAACACA